GCUGUAAGCACGUGAAGGGCAUCAUGCUGUUCGGACCCCCCGGCUGUGGAAAGACUCUGAUGGCUCGUCAGAUCGGGAAGAUGCUGAACGCCCGAGAGCCCAAAGUGGUGAACGGCCCCGAGAUCCUGAACAAAUACGUGGGCGAGUCGGAGGCAAACAUCCGGAAGCUGUUCGCCGACGCAGAGGAAGAGCAGAAGAGGCUGGGGGCGAACAGCGGGCUGCACAUCAUCAUCUUUGACGAGCUGGAUGCCAUCUGCAAGCAGAGAGGAACCGGAGCGAGCAGCACGGGGGUGCACGACACCGUGGUCAACCAGCUGCUCAGCAAGAUCGACGGCGUGGAGCAGCUCAACAACAUCCUGGUCAUCGGAAUGACCAACAGACCCGAUCUGAUCGACGACGCUCUGAUGAGACCCGGAAGGUUUGAGGUCAAGAUGGAAAUCAGUCUUCCCGAUGAAAAGGGCCGUGUGCAGAUCCUGACGAUCCACACCAAUAAGAUGAAAGGAUUCGGCCUCAUGGCUCCGGACAUCUGCAUCAAGGAGCUGGCCGCCGAGACCAAGAACUACAGCGGAGCGGAGCUGGAGGGCCUGGUCCGAGCGGCGCAGAGUACUGCCAUGAACAGGCAUAUCAAGGCUACAUCCACAGUGGAGGUGGACAUGGAGAAGGCUGAGAAGCUGCAGGUGACCAGGAACGACUUCCUGGGAUCCCUGAACAACGACAUCAAACCAGCGUUUGGUACGAACCAGGAGGAUUACUCCAACUACAUCAUGAACGGCAUCAUAAAGUGGGGAGACCCCGUGACUCACGUGCUGGACGACGGAGAGCUGCUGGUGCAACAGACCAAGAACAGUGACCGCACUCCUCUGGUGGCCGUGCUGCUGGAGGGCCCCCCCCACAGUGGAAAGACUGCGUUGGCGGCUCAGAUUGCAGAGGACUCAGACUUCCCCUUCAUUAAGAUCUGCUCUCCAGACAAGAUGAUCGGACACUCAGAGAUCUCCAAGUGCCAAGCCAUCAAGAAGGUGUUUGACGACGCCUAUAAGUCCCAGCUCAGCUGCGUGGUGGUGGACGAUAUCGAGCGUCUUCUGGACUACGUUCCCAUCGGGCCUCGAUUCUCUAACCUGGUGCUCCAGGCUCUGCUGGUGCUGCUGAAGAAAGCUCCUCCGAAGGGGAGGAAGCUGCUGAUCAUCGGCACCACCAGCCGGAAGGACGUCCUGCAGGAGAUGGAGAUGUUGGACGCGUUCAGCACCACCAUCCACGUUCCCAACAUCUCCACCGGGGAGCAGCUGGUCGACGCUUUAGAGCUGCUGGGAAGCUUCACAGAUAAAGAGCGGGCCAGCAUCGCUCAGCAGCUCAAAGGGAAGCGGGUCUGGAUCGGCAUCAAGAAGCUGCUGGUGCUCAUCGAGAUGUCUCUGCAGAUGGAAUCCGACUACAGAGUGACCAAGUUCCUGUCCCUGCUCAGAGACGAGGGGGCGUUGAAUGAAGGCGAUCAAAUCCGAAUUUAAGCUGUCGGUCGUUACGCUGUGCACUGUGAUCGCAGCUUCUAUGAGUAGAGGAAGAAGCAACAAGCCAACGAAAUGAGGAAGAGUUGAAGAAGAAGAAGAAAUCUUCCAUCCGUCCACUUAAACACACACACCUGGUCAAAGAGAGGAACACACACUCUUUAUCUCAGCAUGUUUCCAACCCUUCCAUCAACUUUACUUAUCGACACAUCACAGCAAACUACUGGAAGUCGUACCGUUAUGAAUCUGUUAUCUGUAAAGAAAUUGCAAUAGAUGAUUGUAAAAAUAAAAAAAGUGCUGUUUUGUGCAUCGUGUGUAAAAAAAAACGAACCCAAAAAAAACAAACGUGUGUUUCCAGCUGUAGUGUUUGUUGUAUUUGUUGCAUAGUUAUUGUUGGUGUUUCCUCACAAACACAAGCGGAGCGAAUCGAACACAUCUGGAUAUAUAAAGACGGGUUGAGAGGCUUUUAGUAAAUGUGCAGUGGUUGUAAAUGUAGACCUUUAAAUAUGCAGUGUUCAUGUUCUGUAUAUAGUAUAUAGAGACUGAAGGCAGUAUCAGAAUACGUUUAAAGGAUGGAGUUUAUUUCCUAUCAGUAUGACUCUUCUUCCCCGUGUCUCAUGAGAUGUUUCUGUAACAGUGACAGUGAGUUUCGGAGUGUCUGUAUAGUAUUCAGUACAGUUCAGUUGAGAUAUCAUAGCGACAGUGUUAAUUUAAAAAAUAUAUAUAUUUGGCACUUCAAAACAUCGACUCAAAUAAACUUUUAGACGUU